AUGGCUCGAGUUAGCCCCCAGCUACCCAACCUGGGUCGGAACCACCAAAUCUUCGUCUCUCCGCCUGAACCUUUGCUCACCCAGGUCGUCAUCUUUUUUCUCCCAUACUCCGGUACAUCUUCAAGGGUUGAUGCCCAUAUCUACACUGCAUGUGGCUUCGUCUCCUACUCCCGGAUGACCGUGGAUCCCUCAUCUGCUGUUUACCAAGCUGUAAAUUUCAUGCCGAUCGAAAAGACCGAAUCCGAAAUCUACAGAGCGCUCGCCUUCGCUUUAUGUCGCUAUUUUGUCGAACUUACGGUUGGCAUCAAAGGCACUGCGAGUGCGACUGCAAAAGUGGCUAGGUCUGCCAAACCGGAACCAUUCUCUGCUGCUCAUGCCGGAGAGCUAGCUGCCAAGCUUGUUCGAAUUGAAGAUGACCACGCUAUCUCGAGUAUUCUUGCCGCCUUAACACCUCGGUAUAUCCCAUCAAUCGAUAUUGAUCUCGUACUUCCGCAGCCUGGCACCUUUCAAUUAUCCAAAUACCAACGGUUACUCCAGUUCGUGGGAGACGUCCAUAAACAAGAUACCAACCUCAAACGCCGUCCGUCUCGAGUCGAACGAACCCGUCCUAAAUCAAUCGUUUCACUACCCCAGUCGAAUCCGGAAAAAGUCGCGAUAAAACUGCAGGAGCUACUGGAUACCGAAGUCAAUUACAUCGACAAAUUGCAAAAGAUAAUAUCAGAUGUGGUCAAACCGGAACGACAGAUUGCAGAGAGCGCUGGCGCGCCAGAGCCAAACGAAGCAGCACUUGCUCGGCUAUUCCCGUCUUAUCUAGAUGAGAUAUUGCAAUUGAACUCCAAGUUCCUGGAUGAGCUGACUAAGGCUAUGGAUGACGAUGAUGGGGUCACAGGAGUUGCCGAGGUCUUCUUGCGACACUUCCCGAAUUUUCACAACCCGUAUAGCCACUACAUCGCAUUGAACCCUGCGUCAUCGGGUCUCAUCGGUGAACUCAUGAGAGGCGGCACAGCAUUCUCCCAACGAUUAGCCGGUUAUGGUGAACAAUAUCUCAAAUCGACCUUGAUGGAACCUAUUCAACGAUUACCUAGAUACACACUCAUAAUUGAUGGUGUUAUAAACAAUAUCGCUGUCACAUCCCCUAUUUCUAGCAAGUUAAUCGAGGCUCGAGAUAUUGUAUCCAAGACCUGUGAAAUGCAGUCCGCUCCUGCUCAAGAAAGAGCACAAACUAUCGCUCGACUAUCCCAUCUAAUAUCCGGCUGGCCGACGAACUUUAAGCCUGGAGGCCCACUUGUAACUGCAGUUGAUCUGACAGAAGUUGCUGCCCCAUAUACUGACGCAGCCGAGAAAACCAAUGUUAUUCUUCUCGUUUUCACGGACUCAAUCGCAUUUAUAAAUCGGCCAGGCAGUGGUAGCAUGAAGGCUCAGGGGGUUCUCACGGAAAUCACUAUGCCGCCAUCCAUCCAAAACUCUUUCCGACGGGACGCUGCAGACCUGCACUUUGCCGGGUGUACCUCAUUGAAAUACAAUAGAUAUUCGACUUCUGAUAACGGUAGAGCGAUGUGGAUCACUCUAACAAAGGACUUAGAAGAGGUCUACGAUAUGCGAGAGUCUGCUGUUGGUAUGAAGAAAUUCUCGCCAUCAGGAUCGUGGGAAGGAAAGGCGAAUGAACUUGUCGAAGAAAUCAUUCAAGCUCAGCUGCAGUCUAAGAGCCGGGUACAAGAAAUUCGGUGGUCCGGAAACAGUAACUCGAAAUUUGAUGCCUUGGAGCUGUGGACAUCUGUCUACGAACCUAGGAACUACGAGCUAGAGAAGUCUCCUAGCCGAGCGCUUAUCCAAAUGGGAGUCGAGACUCCGAGCUUUGACAUAAGAACCAAAACUCCAGAGAUCUCUGCCACAAUAAACUUCGUUAAUUCUGGGAAGAUUCGCAUUGAUAUCUUGGAUAUGGGGAAAAUUGCUUUCACGGAGACUAUCGGGGAGCUAGACAUCCUAACGGUUAUCACAAAACGUAUAUCUAGUAUACUUGACAGGCAAUCCCACACUUCGCACCCCCCUAUUAGUGCAGCUAUGAUUCAGGGCCAUCGUCGAAUAAUCAGGUCGCUGAAUCUCUCGGCACCAGACUCCGACUCUCAUCAUUCCAAGUUCAAAACAUUUAGACCUCCCUCGCCAGUCAAGCUCUUGCACACAUUCCUUGGCUCUUCUAACGUAUCACCCGGCAAAUCCCCCUUCAAAGCAACUUCUUUCGAAAGCACAACCGAGAUGGCCCGACCCACUGUACUCCUGGAAAGGCCUCACAGUGUUCUAUACCGUGCUGAUGGUAGCAGUGUGGCCCCAGUUGAGGAUGCUGCGAUUCGUAUGAAGGAUAUCAGUUUAGUAGAGAAUCACCCGCAGCAGGGUGAUAGCUAUCAUAAACAACUUGAACGUGUGCUAGAUGCCUUUGUUUCAGUUCUAGACGGUAAACUUUCGAAGGAGGUGCAGCCCGGAUUCACAUACUCUCGCAAGAACUCAAAUAGUCACGUUGUGGAUCAAUUGCUGAAGGCCAUGCUGACGGAUUCAAGUAAAACGGCUGCUGCACAAGCGGCUGGAGUCGAUAUCGUGCUGAAUUCGUUCGAAAAGUUCCUACAAGGCAAGUGGAGAGAAGCCAUGGGGACACUAUUGUCGCAAGAAACAGUCAAAGAUCUCCAAUCAAAGCUAGACUCACUUCAUCCGGACGACUUCUCAAAAUACUUCAAAGACUUUCUGGAGAAUCUAGGUCCGCAGAAUAAGAGAGGGUUUAACAAAAUCACAACAUUAUUUUCGCGUUCCAUCCAUAGAGCAUCCACCGACGAGGCCAAAAACUCUCUCAGGACAGUGUUCACCGAAAUUCUCAUCGCCUCAGGUCUUACAAGUUCUAAAAUCAGUGAAGUCGCCAAACUACACGCCGAGCUACUUCUCUACAUGCUCAACUACAUCGAAACUAUUAACAUGUUGAAUAGUAAGUUCCACAAAUUUCCUACUGAAGUUUGUGAUGAGGAAGAUAUGCCACCUCCAUUACCACGGCAUUCUGCCUACUAUCAGGAUUGCUAUGAAGUUGAAAAACUUGAUCAUGAACCCAUGAAAAGACCACCCACUGUAUCUCGAAUACCUGAGCUCUUCCGCACUCGUUCUCUGAACCCAGUCAAGAAAAGCCUGUUCGAGAGGAAAGACUCGAUCCGAAGAGGUCAAGAACCGGAUAGGUCCCCAAGUCCAACACGUGGACGACCGCCUUUCAAAACAUCUAGUUCCAUGAAUCCCCUUCAACGCGGCAGUGGUUUCGAAUCAAGUGAAUCCGAAUCUUCUAUUUCGCCAGUUCGCUCUGAUAAACGAGCCAUGGACAUGUUGAAAGAAGGAUGGCAAACUGCAAAACAAUUAACCCGUUCUUAUUCACCUACUAAACCCCCAUUUACAGGCUAUAGUGAGGCGAACUCGAGCACCCCGCAUACGCCAGCGCAAGACAACGGUGUGUUGAAGAGGAGCAAAACGACAGGGACAUACGGGGCUAACGCGAGCGGUGGCACGGGUAUCCCCACAGUCGUACCGCUUUCAAGUUCGAGUAGUUUACGAAAAAGGUUCGGAUUGUCGAAUACUGGCUCAGAAGUUGGCGAAUCACCAUCUGCUACCACUUCUGAAAAGGGGACGAACGGGACAGCGGCGAACAGUGGCUAUGGUAGUCUCAGCAAGUCGUCUGUUAAGUCGAUGUUACGACAAAGAAGCAAUAGGAGUGGUAAGGAGAAAGAAAAGGAAAAGGAGAAAGAUACAUUGUUGACCACGCCUACCAAGCUGGGUAACCUGCAUCGAAGCCAAAGUACAGACACUGAUAUUCGUCGAGACUUCUAUGAACGGGACGUAAUCCCUAGGCCGAUGAGUCGGGACAGUGGGCCUAAGAUCGGAAGCCCCGCAAUGCCAGAACGUAGUGCUGGUCCAACCUUAGUUAUCCCCAAAAAUACAGGUGCCAGUACCCCUUCGGCGAAUCCAUUAAGUCCUAUUGUCGCAAGCCCUGUGGCCGAGCCCACCUCACGAAACGCUUCUUCAGCUUCGAAUAACAUCACAGCGGAGGGAUCGCCAUUGCCCGCGCUAAGAAGGAAGAAGAGAAGAAGUUCACUAAGCGAUCUAGUAGCAGCUAAGGAUCUGCUAGAUGCAGAUGGCGAAGAAGCAACAGAUUACGAUGACCUCCCACCAAUUUCUGGCUUGGAUAUUUCCCCAAAGAGGAAAGAUAGUGUUGAUCGCAAGGAGAACGUGCAUUCCAGUGUUGGAAGCAUGGGUCCACCACCCGUGCCAACUCACGCGAAGAAUGCAAGUUUAGGAGGAACAAGGGAUAGAAUAAUCGGAAGUCCUGCCCCGCCGGCGAUGUAUAUGGAUAACAUUGCCCCAUUGAAUGUUAGCGGUGUAAGAAUGAAUCGUGCACAUAGCGACGCGGGCAGCACCAAUUCGACGAAAACUAAAAGCUCAACGACUGGUAGCACGACACAAACCAAACCAGAUUUGGAGAGGACUGGAAGCACAGGCUCAAGGGUGAGCGCUGGCGGGAACAACAGCAGGUUAAGUAACAGGCUUGCUGGUGAGAAAAUGAAUGUUAGCAAAGUCUCUGGGACUUUAGAGCAGGAGUUGGCGUUGAUUGGGCAGGAACUACUCGCAAAGAGUUCUUCGAAAAGAAAUAGUGGGGCCAGUUCCACCAUUACCAAAACGGAAACAAAAAGUAUUGUGGGGAAUCAUAACGAAUCUAGACUUUCCCGUGGUGGUAGCUCAGGCUCUACGGGUGGAGCGAGUUCGGCCAGUGUUGAUGAAGGAAUUCGCCGGAAGCUACGACUCAUGGAGGGUAAGCUGAACAGCACGGUCAACGACCUAAACAAACGGUAUGAAAAUCUAAGCAAAGAAACUCAUGCUGCACUUGCCAAAGAGAUAAAGAGAAACCAAGAGGUAGAGAGAAUGUGGCAAGAUGAGCGAAAUGAGAAUGAUGCGGUGUACAAUAAGUUUAACGAAGGGUUGGAGAAGUGUGUCAAAGGGCUUCAAGGACAAGCGGACGAGGAUAGAGUUGGGCUAGUGAGGAUGCUAGUCCAGAGUCAAGAAGAGGUGGGAAAGUUGAGGGCGGAGGUUGCUGCACUAAAGAAGGAAAAUAUCAACCUCAGGCAUGGACGACUUACAGAGCUGUGA